GUUGAGGAGGUGAUUCCUUUCUCCUCACGGACGCCGCCGAGUCAGCAUCGUCGAGGUUUCGUGGAUUUUCUUUUUUUUUUUUUAAUCUCCAGCCAUCAUGGUGAAGUCGGAGUCGUCCCCUAAAGAGCCCGAACAGCUACGGAAGCUCUUCAUUGGAGGCUUGAGCUUUGAAACGACCGAUGAAAGUCUGAGAAGCCAUUUUGAGCAAUGGGGCACCCUGACAGACUGUGUGGUAAUGAGAGAUCCCAACACCAAGCGAUCCCGAGGAUUUGGGUUUGUUACGUAUGCCACAGUGGAGGAAGUGGAUGCCGCCAUGAAUGCAAGGCCGCACAAAGUGGAUGGGAGAGUUGUGGAACCAAAGAGGGCUGUCUCCAGAGAAGAUUCUCAAAGACCUGGUGCUCACUUAACUGUGAAAAAGAUUUUUGUGGGUGGCAUUAAGGAAGACACGGAAGAGCAUCACCUAAGAGAUUCUUUUGAACAGUAUGGGAAAAUUGAGGUGAUUGAAAUCAUGACUGACCGGGGUAGUGGCAAGAAGAGAGGCUUCGCUUUUGUGACAUUUGAUGACCAUGAUUCCUUGGACAUUGUCAUUCAGAAAUACCAUACUGUGAAUGGCCACAAUUGUGAAGUAAGAAAAGCCCUGUCUAAGCAAGAGAUGGCCAGUGCUUCAUCCAGCCAACGAGGUCGAAGUGGCUCUGGAAACUUUGGUGGUCGUGGAGGAGGUUUUGGUGGGAAUGACAACUUUGGCCGUGGAGGAAACUUCAGUGGGCGAGGUGGCUUUGGUGGCAGCCGAGGUGGUUGUGGAUAUGGUGGCAGUGGGGAUGGCUAUAAUGGAUUUGGCAAUGAUGGUGGUUAUGGAGGAGGCGGUCCUGGUUACUCUGGAGGAAGCAGAGGCUAUGGAAGUGGUGGACAGGGUUAUGGAAACCAGGGCAGUGGCUAUGGCGGGAGUGGCAGCUAUGACAGCUAUAACAACGGAGGAGGCGGAGGCGGCUUUGGCGGUGGUAGUGGAAGCAAUUUUGGAGGUGGUGGAAGUUACAAUGAUUUUGGCAACUACAAUAAUCAGUCCUCAAAUUUUGGACCCAUGAAGGGGGGAAACUUUGGAGGUCGAAGCUCAGGCCCCUAUGGUGGUGGAGGCCAAUACUUUGCCAAACCACGAAACCAAGGUGGCUAUGGCGGUUCCAGCAGUAGCAGUAGCUAUGGCAGUGGCAGAAGGUUUUAAUUGCCAGGAAACAAAGCUUAGCAGGAGAGGAGAGCCAGAGAAGUGACAGGGAAGCUACAGGUUACAACAGAUUUGUGAACUCAGCCAAGCACAGUGGUGGCAGGGCCUAGCUGCUACAAAGAAGACAUGUUUUAGACAAUAUUCAUGUGUAUGGGCAAAAAAAACUCGAGGACUGUAUUUGUGGCUAAUUGUAUAACAGAUUAUUUUAGUUUCUGUUCUGUGGAAAGUGUAAAGCAUUCCAACAAAGGGUUUCAAUGUAGAUUUUUUUUUUGCACCCAUGCUGUUGAUUGCUAAAUGUAAUAGUCUGAUCAUGACGCUGAAUAAAUGUCUUUUUUUUUU